AGAAAAUCAUUCUCAAUCUAUGGAUUCUAAUUUCUUUGGUCCAAUUCCCUUAGGUUUAAUAACUGCCAAAGCCACCCACAUUGUAUGGCCACUUCACAGAGCUUGUAGCCUUAUUUUCCAAAAUAAUAAGUCACCACUUGAAAUAUAAUGAGAGCUGUAUCGUAUGUGGAGCGCCUUGAGUUUGAUUUUCCGGGAUCCGUUUUCAAAAAUGCUUUUUUGUUUGGAGACGUCGAUAAUGACAAAAGCGACGAGCUUGUGGUUGGGAACGAAAAUGGCGAUGUUUUCAUCUAUAAGGGCAACGCUAGCAAAUGUUGGAGAAGAGCUAGUGAUUUAGGAAUGGUAACUGCCAUAGGUGUCGGAGACAUAUUCAAUGUGGGCCGAAACUCCUUAGUUGUUGUUAAUGGUGAGGGAUGGUGUUAUAUUUUCGAUUUCCUCAUUGAUACGUCCAAUGACGGAGAACUUCCCAUGAAACCAACACACGUACAAAGAAUUCCCGCAAAUACCAAAGUUCUUCUUCUACAUGAUGUUAACUCAGAUGGAUUGAUUGAACUUGUGAUCGGCCUGACGGACCGGGUCGUCCGUACAUAUCAAUGGAUUAAUACAAAACUAGUCGGCCUGAACAAAUGGGAAUUUGCCAACCAAAUCGGUACUGUCGCCAUAAAUGAUAUGGCUAAUCGUGCUCCAUCGUUAUUAGUUGCCCAUCCUGGCGGAACAUUCAUCCGUCUAAAAUGUAAGCCGUUGGAAAACUGUGAGGAGCAUGAUAAGGAAGAAUCGAGGGAGUUAUUGUCUAAAAUGUCCAUUGACUAUCACCCCCUUGCAUAUUCGCAUAUGCGCAAUCCUAAUGUUUCUACCGAGAUAUUGGGUAAUAUAUCUCAGGGAAUGCCACAUCAAGACGAGCACCAAGGAGCCCUUUAUGCUGUUGCAACACUGGAUGGUACCCUGAUGAUGGUACGAGAUGAACAAAUUUUAUGGUCGUUGCAGGUUGAUCAUCAGCUAUUUGCGCUUUCAAAACUUGACAUUACAGGUGACGGUCGGGAGGAAGUGGUCGCUUGCUCUUGGGAUGGACAGACCUACAUUGUUAACCAAGAGAAACAAACUGUUAGAUUUCAGUUUGACCAAUCAGUCUCCGCCUUUACCGCAGGAUACUACUCCCUGGAUUCCCGAGCCCCUUCAUUGCCUGCAUUUGCUUAUGCAACAUUCCAUAAUAAAAUCUACCUAUAUUACAACGUUUCUCUCCCAAGGAUAACUCUUCGCACUUCGAGCGAAAUCCUUAAAGAAAAAUCAAAAAAUGGAGGUGACACCUUUAUGAAAUCUCUAACAGAUACCUCCAAACUCAGCGAAAUGUUUAGCAAAAUUCUCUAUCAAACACAGUUGUAAAUUUUUCUCGCUCGUUUUUGUAGCCCGAAAUGAAAAUGUAAUGUUUUGGUGUGU